AUGUCUGCACUCGCGAAAACCAUCGUCGCCACGGGCGUCUCUUCUGGACUCGGGUUCGAAGCUAUCAAACAGCUUCUCCAGCAAACCCAGCCCUACCGCGUUAUCCUAGGCGCGCGGAACGCUGAGGGUGCCCAGAAGGCAUUUGGGGACCUCAAAUUCGACGAGUCCAAGCACAAUGUCACGGUCCUGCCUCUGGAGCUCGCAGACCUCAAGGGUGUGAAGACCUUUGCUCAACAGACACUCGAGACAUUGGGCCAGCAGAAGGUCGACUACGUGCUGCUCAAUGCCGCCAUCUCCAACAGCGCCGAGGAGCCUGGCCCCCAUGGAUCCAAGUGGUGCGAGUCUUACAUCGUCAAUCAUCUUUCACAACACUACCUCCUGCACCAAUUACGCGAAAAGCUGGUCGCUUCCCAAUCACGUGUCGUCUUCGUCUCCUCGGGUGCAGUGCGAAAUGUUCCUGAAAUCAGCGCGCUCGAUAAAGACCUGCUCGGCGGAUCGGGAGCCAAUUCGUUCACAGUCUACUGCCAGAGCAAGCUUGUGAACCUUCUGGCAGCGCAAUGGUGGCGGCGACAACUCACCGGACAAUGCACCGUCGUGGCUGUUUCGCCAGGUCUCAUCCCAGGGACGGGCCUGGGGCGGGGCGGAGGAAUGAUCCCCGCUGGUCUGCCUGAUGCCAAGACCAUCCCCGAAGGCGCCGAGAAUAUUCUGCGCGCGCUGGACCGCGACGACUUACCGGAAGACCCCGAACAGAUUUUCCUGACUAGUUGGGGUGAAUGGUGGCCAAAGGAGGUGUACGCGCAGACACUAGACAAGAAGCUGCAGGACAAAUGGUGCCUGGAAAAAGAGCAGAUCGAGCAGGAAGAGGGAAUUACGGCUUGA